AUGAUCCCUUCCGUCGUGCGAUCGAGAAUACCGGUGUUGACAUCGCUUCGGCACUCCGCGAAGGCCGUCGUAUUCCUUGCGGCCCCCACCAGGAAGAAAGCAUUUACAUUUUCCUGCGUCGACAUCAGCAAAGAGAGGGAGAGUCCUUCAGGCUUCGCUGCCACAGUGCCGCCCAGUGGUGCCAGCACGCCCAUGCUUGGGCCCGAGAGCCUCGACUCCAACAUCUGUCCUCGAGAACUCAGUCUCAAGAUGCUGCCACAAAUAGAAAACCGAUCUGGGGUCGACUGGGAGGUGGCUGCUACCGGAGGAAGGCUAUGCAUGGCUGCUAGAGCACAAGCUGAACAAGGCGGUGACCCCAGUACUCUUCGGAGUAUGCAGAUUGAUGCGCUGAGGUACAUGCACAUGGCCUUGCCUCCAGAUUUGACGUCCCUGGAGGUAGAAUCGCUCCGCGCCAGCAUGGGCCCUCAGUUGAUAGUCCCCUCGGGAGAGGCUCGAGAUGGACACGGUCAGCCACCACCGAACGCCUUGAGGCAGGUCAUCGCUCAAGCGGUGUGCUGGCUCUUCGCCUCUCUCUUACUAUUCCUUCCUUUGCUGAUGACCUUGCUUAAUCGGGUGCUGCAAUUUGAGCGCCACCAUCAAGUCACCGAGAGAGUUAUCACCAAUAGUCUAGAUAUGACAUCUAGCCUGGGUGAACGUGGGUUGGAACUCCACAAUGCAUUCCUCCGGUUCAAAGAAGGCCGAGUCGGAAGUGCCUUUGUCGAUUUCGGGUCCUGGCUUGUUGAAGGAAUUGCUGGAGGACUUAGCGAUGGGCUUGACGAGGUUUCUCGGAGUCGAAAAAGAGCCUCAUUAGCCCUCUGA